UUCAUUCAAUUUUCAAUUUAGAAACGCAAAUCGGAAAACAAAAAACGGGGCAUUUUUUCUAUUUCCAUUUCUUAAACAAACAUCGGACAAUCAAUUUAAUGACCCUUUUAAAAGAAAACCAUUGCAUUUUCCUAUCCAAAAGUUAGUUUUCGGGGAAGGCCUCGAACUUCUGUAUUUCCAUUUUCAAUUCUCAGUUUUUACGCUUUCCUGUCUGUGGCCCGGAAAUAAAAUAAGUAAUUGCGCGGAGUGAUCCGUGUUGCUGGACGUGCAGGAAACAGUGCGUCCGUGUACCUUACUGGUGUUGGUGCAUUCACAAUUCAUCUGCACUAUGGACUCGAGUUUUAUCCUUUUUAAAGGAAACAAAAGGAUAACCCUUAAGGAGAGCGACAUGAUUGGAGAUAAAAUCGCUAGAAUAUUCCAGGUAUAUGCUCCUAGCUUGUACAUAACUGAUGAUGACAAUGUGGCCAUAUUCCCGGGAUCAGCUGGACAUUUCAGCUGCUUGGACCUCAAACAUCGUGGCCACUAUGAGGUUCAUGGGGAUGAUAUUGGUCUACCAGUUGCCGAGCAGAGUCAUCCAUUGUCAGGCCAGAACCGUUUCCAGUUCCACCGUACAGCACAGCCCACUGCUGCUCUAGGGUCACCUGCUCAGGCUAUAGCUCCCACUCCCCCCCGAGCAAGCAUGAGUAACACCUUCCAAAGGUCUGUCUUCAUCGCUGAGCUCAGCCAGGGGAAACUGAAGCCUACUCGUAUGGUUGUUCUCAGACUGUUUGAGUUUGAAGCCACAACCACAGGUAUCCUUGCAAAAAUACACGAUGCCCUGCAGAGUGAUGACCCUCUCAUCCUGACCGAUGCCCAGGGAAAUGAGAUUGUGGACUCCGAAGGGACAAGAGGCUCCAAGUAUUGGAAGCAAAAUGCAAAAAAGUUUCUUGCUGUCCCAGAGCAGAUCUUCCAUGAGUUCCAGAAAGGAACAAAGGCAAAGAAACUGAGUCUUAAAGAUAUGGACUCCACAAGUCUUCAGGAAGUUCAUGAUAAAAUAGAAGAAGUGAUCUUGGCUGCUCAAGGACUGAGUGAAGUCACCACAGUCCUGAAGGACCUAUCAACACAGGCCAGCGACACCAGGGGCGCUAUGCUGGUUCUGACCAACACCAUGAUAACACACAUGAAGGAGGCCUUUGGCUGUAUUGUGUGCAAAGGGCUCAUGGAAGAACCUGUGAUUGCUGUCUGCUGCAAAAGCUUUGUUGGCUGCAAAAACUGCGUUGACCAGUGGAUGCUGACAUCUGACCAGUGCCUCAAAUGCAGGGCGGAUGAGUUCUCUGUCAAUGCACACAGGCUGACCAGUCUUGACAAUGUUCUCUCCAUACUGGGUGGUGUCAUUAAGAUGGAUUAACCUUUUGAGUGUGAUUGUAUCACAUUCAGUGAUUUAAACCUGAUUACCUCUGUUAUAGUACAUCUGGCUAAUUGCCUUGUUCAAAGUCAGUUGGAAUUUUGCACUUGUUCAACAGCUGUAGAGGAUACAGAUCUUUUUUUAAUUUCAUGUUGCACUUUGUAAAAAUAUGUUCACUGGGUGGGGAACAUCGUUUAAUAUUCAACACUGUUAUGGUAGCAAGUGUUCGAUUUUGGUUGCAAUUAAAAGAAUACACAGUA